AGUUCGGAGUCGGAGCAGCGAAGUGGCAGUACUGCCUGCAACGUGUUUGCCAUCGAAUAUAGUACUCGUACAACAAUUGUAUGAAGUUUGGCCCUGGCAGCGAUUUCUUCAAUCCCUUGGUGUCACCCUUUGGGUGCAUCACUAGUCAUUGGUACCUUUGGUGCUGUUCGAUGAUAAUGUGGUCCAUCAGAAGGCGCACAAUGCCCCUUGGACCGCUUGGUCUACCUUGGAUCUGCAAUAGACAUCAGAUGCCUACUGUUAAACCAUGGAGAAUGUUUGCAAAGUGGAAUGAGCAAUACAGUCCAGUGAUGUCUAUAUUCCUCAGACGCACGCCUGUCAUAGGUGAUUAUUCCCCGGUUCUGGCAUAGAUAUGCUAGGCUUCCAGUCCUUCAGUCUUAG